AUGCAGCCAAUUUAUGUUAGACAAUAUUUCUAAUAAAAUGCAAUAUCAAAGAGCAGCAAAAUAUUAAGACAAUUAUUAAUAUAUAAAUCAUAUUUUUCUUAUAGAAUUAUGACGUAAAUUAAGAAAAUUGGACAUAUUUAGAUAAUAAAUUAGGCUAAAAGCUUUGAGCUAGUCUCUUUAUUAAACUCAAAUUGGAGCAUUUAUGAGUUAAUUAUUAUUUAGCAUCUUUAUUAAUUCUGGUAUUGUAAUAAAUUGUAAUUGAAUUGUAGUUUAUUUAUUCUUGAAAUGAAAAAAGGAAAAAAUGCAAUAUUUAAUUCUUAAGAUGCUGUCAUUCAAAAUAAUGAAGUAAUUUCUUGUCAUUUAUAUGAUUUAGGGUUUCAGCUUUAAUUCUACUGAACUGAUUUUUUCAGCAGGAUUGCUUGAUAUUCUGGCUCUACACAUUCCCAAUUAGGUCAAACAGAAUUUUUAAGUUUGGAUUUUAUAUGUGCUAUAAAUCAUUGAAUUGAAUGAAACAGCAUGCAUUAUUAUACCAGUAACAAUAUGUGUCGAUAGAAUUUACGCAGCUUCAAAAGUAAAAAAUUAUCACAAUUUAGUAAUUAAAUAUACCAUACGCUUAUGAAAAUAUUAUCUAUUGUAUUAGUGAUGAGUAUAUCAAAGAGAAUCCAUAAAUACGGAUCAAAUCUUUAUAAUAAUUUUACUUUAUUGGGAGCAUUUCAAUACUAUUUCAUUUUCAACUAUAAUUGAAAAAUGUUCAAAUACCACUGAAAUAUAGAGUAAGAUAUUUUCAAAGUUUUAGAUUGUGCAUUAAAUGAUGAAAUCGAUAAAUAUACAGGUAAGCUGUUUGUAUUUUUAUUUAUUUAUCAUUUUGAUUUUUUUGACCCAUUAAAAACAAUCUAAAUAUUUUAGAAAACUCAGAAAAUAUUAGAUUGCUAAUUUUAAAGCAAAUGCAACCCUUUAUUAUUCCUAUUCUUUUCAUCAAAUUAUAAGGAAUCAGUUGAUUCACCAUAUUAGAUAAUUAAAAAUAUUGAUCUAACAUCACUUUAUCUCAAAGUUGGGAAAAUACAUUAAAAUUUAUUUUCAAUAUCAGGUGAUAGUAAGGAUGUAUGAUUGA